UGUUUUCUUGUGGCGUCGACGUAACACAGAGCGAUGCAUACGGCAAAUGAGAGUUUCAACGGACCUUCGUUGUUAGUUUGCGGCAGACGAUGGCCACGUUGACUAUUAUCCAACAGAGCGUAAAACCCCUCCUCGUCACCUGGUUUAUUAUCGGCUUGGGAAUCUAUCAUACGAAUCGAGCGAAGCCGUGCUUGAGUGCUUUGUAUUCUUUGAUGCUGUGGUGCGCUUAUGGCUACUUCUACUAUUGCAUAAUGAUGUCUUUAACAUGGAACAUGACAUUUCUGACAAUCCUUUCGAUAAUCCUGUAUGUGAUCGACAUGCUCAUUACGCUCAUGUCCGUAAUCAUCGGCUUAUUUUAUGACAAGAAAUUAAGGACAUGCAUUAAGAGGCUCGCCAUUGUGGACGACACGUUGGAAGAGUUGGGGAUUCCAAAAAUGUACCAAGAGAUGCACAUGUGGUCAAAACGGGUAGUAGCUGGAUGGGUCGUUUACAUACUCUUCAAAAAUACUUUCGAUGUCCUCUGGUGGCGAAAAGUAUCGCAGUCUAAUUGGGUGUAUCUCAUACCUCAUGUGAUAAAUCAUUGUUAUUACGUCAACAUAUUCGUGGAUUUGACGUUUAUCUUCUUCAUGUGGUCUGUACACAAUAACUAUAAUUUGCUUGCUCGUUUGGUCGAUCAUGUGCUCAUUUAAUCAGAAUACCUGCUGCAUAUUUUCGUUUAAUAACAAAAGACAUGACUCCGUGUACUUGUCUUGUCAAAAUUUACCGGGUCCGAAAUCAGAGAGAUUUCAUUCUGUAAUAUUCUAGAUAUGCUUCGCAACACAGGUAUAUAGGCACCAGAUUCGACAAACUUAACGAAAAUGUACGAGGCCUUUUGGUGAGCGAGGAGUACGGCUUGAGGUGUACGUGGAAGAAACCAGUGGUUGCUGUUUACCGUCAUACCUAUGCCGAUAAUUAUAAGCGAGUGUUGUGGACCUCAAUGUAAAUCGGCAUCUUCAGCUAGAAUUAUGUCGCAUCGCGCGUGAACUGAAUCUGAUAUUCGGAACGCAGAUAACCUUGGAGAUGUUGACCUAUCUCUUAUACUUUACGUCACUGGCGUUUUAUGUUAGUAUAUUGCUGCCCAUUCGGAAAGGCAUAUCAAUAUAUAUCUGGCUCAACGGCAUUAUAUUGGUCUGCAUAUGCAUCAUAAGACUCUACUCCCUUAAUUACAUUUGCGAGAGCGUCAGCGUUAAGGCUAACAAAAUUAGCGAGACAAUUCAUCAGUUGACAAUUAUUCUGCGAUACGCCGAUAUGCACCAGGAGCUUUGUCAAUUUAUUUUGCAAACGAUACAUCAUCCAUUGAAGUUCACCGGUCUGAGGCUCUUUUGCUUCGGUACCAAGUUACUCUGGAAGUUUUGCGCGGUGGUUGCAACUUUCACGAUGCUCGCAGUGCAAUUAUCUCCAGAGUUACAGGAGUAUAAUGAUCUGCGAUCGAAGAUAAACAACAAUAUCUCGAAAGAUAUGUUCUAA